UCAUCAAGACAGGGAGUCCCUGUAAUUUACAAAAGAAUCUGACUUGAGACAGCAGUCAGUUACAAACCUGGCUUACAAAAAACACAGCCAAAAUAAGGACCAACCAGUAUAUGGUUAUUCAAACAAGUCCAACUCACUUUAUUCUUGGACCCAUCAAUUGGCAAACUAUGUUAAGUUUUCCAUACCAAUUCCUGAAACAGAUGGAGAGAAUGUUAUUACUAAUAAAAGGUAUAUCUUUAUGGUACUUGAUGCCUUUUAAGGUAAGGAAGUAAUGUCUGACUGUAUUGCAUUCCCUUUCACAGCAGGCCACAUUAUCUCUUAACUAAUAAUAAAUGGCACUCACCUUAUUCGCUGUUGCCAUUAUUACUGCUUUACACAGACUCAAUAUAUAUAGUCAACAAUCUCUUCUGCAACUCCUCCAUCAUCUCUUAGAGGGCAUAAGCUGAUUGCUGAAGAAGCUUUAAUGGCUUCAUAUACCCCAAGACUUCUGGCUUUAACCUUGUUGGUAGCUUUUUCUGUUAUCCAUCCCUCUUCAAGUGUUCCCAAUGAGACUCUGGUAGCCAUCUGCUCUAAAACUUACAACCCGAUAUUGUGUGAGAGUAUUCUCAGAGGAGAUCCGCGAACUAGUUCUGCCGACCUCCCUGAGCUGUCACUGGUAUCUAUCAACCUGACAAUUGAACAAGCUGCAAACAACAGCCAAGUUUUUGUAGAAUUCCAUGACAACACCACUGACCCAGCAUUGAAGAAGGGGUUCAACAGUUGUGUGGAACUCUAUCAGUUGAUGGAAGACAAUCUUGACAAAGCUUAUCAUCGUUCGGAGGGGGGAGACUACAGGAACAUCACUGAAUUGGUCCAAUCGAGCAAUCAAGCUGUAGAGUGUGCAUCCGCGCUGGCAAUAAACUUGGUAACCAUUGAUGCUCUUACCAGGGCUGUGGUCUCAAAAUGUGAGACUUCAAUAAGUGUGAACCAAUAUAUUGCUAGAUCAAAAGCUUAGAAAAUUUACAUCAAUAAAGAAAAGAAUAAUGCUGUGACAUUUUGUCAUCUUAGAUUCCUAUCAUGAGAAAAGUAUUUAGUUCCAUGGAUUGCUUAUAGAACAACCAAACAUCCAACCAUAAGAGUUCCAUUUGGAAACUAUAUUCAGGGAGAAAUUAAGUUGUUAAUGAUUUGCUUAUAAGUGGUGUUGUUUGUUUCACGAAGAUAGAAGCACAAGGAAUUGAAUAGUAUUCUGAAUCAGCUGGAAACAAGUCUCCUAACAAUAUGUGCUUCCAAUUGCCAAAGGAUGCAGUGUGGGGAUGAAAGCCAUACAUUUUCUCUGUAACAGAUCUACUUUCUGCAUUCAGUUUCAACAGUUGUAAAUGAACCUAGUUUCUUGAUUAGUUUUAGUCAGCUGACGAACUUGUCUUCCCAUUCUCAAUGCCAGGGUGCCAUAGCAAAACCAUGGGCAUUAAUUUAUUGGAAACCAUGGCCAAAGGUAGACUCCAGCUGGCUAAUAAAGGCGUUUGU